AGAAAAAGAAAAAAGAAGAAGGGAAGAAGAAAAAGAAAGAAAAAGAUAGGAUAAGGCAACAGAUUUGUUUCCUCCCGAAUCUCUUUUUUCUUUUUUUGUUUUCUCCCUCACUCAAAUAUAAAACCUCUCCAUUCUUUUUUCCUCUACCGCCGCCUAUUUCUCCACCUUCGCCGCACUCAGCAACUCCGGAACCUCUCCUUCCACUUCAUAUGGACUCCGUUGGAAUCCCCGAUCCCUCUCCCCCCUUCAAUCCCUUCAACUUCAAGGACUACUGUUCUCAAGAAAUUUGUUCAGCCUUCUGUCCACAGUGGUGCGCCUUCGCCUUCCCCCCGCCGCCGCCUCUCUUCGGCCUCGACGACACCGACGAUUCGGGUACCUUCUUCUCACCUCUUAUAGUCGCAGUGAUCGGGAUCUUAGCUAGCGCCUUUGUUUUGGUCACUUACUACGCCAUCGUCUCGAAAUAUUGCCGGCGGAGAGUCGACGACAGUGGCGGAGGCGGAUCCGGAGAUAAUUUGGAGGCGGAUCGAGUGGUUAAUGAUACACGGCAGUCCGGUGCGGGAGCGGGAUUGGAUGAGGCGCUCAUUAAAUCAAUCUCGAUUUACAAGUUCAAGAAGGGGGAAGGAUUGAUCGAAGGAAGCGAUUGUUCUGUUUGUUUGAGUGAAUUUCAAGAAAACGAGAGUUUGCGAUUGCUGCCUAAAUGCAGCCACGCUUUUCAUCUCGCGUGUAUUGAUACUUGGCUCAAAUCCAGUUCCAGUUGUCCUCUCUGUCGCUGCAAUAUUGCGUCUACGAAUCCUCCGCCGCCGUCCGUGACGGCGCUAGGUUACCGCCAUAGCAGUGACGCCGCCGUUGUUGUCAUUCAAGAUUUGUCCGAAAAUGUAAGCCUGGAGGCCGUCGUGGUUGAAGUCGUAACCGAUUCGAGUAAUCAAGAGGAAGGAAGUCUAAAUCGAAAUUCAAACUCGCGAAAUUUGGAUCAAGGAGAUGAAAGAACAGGGAGAAGUGGAGAAGAAUCUGUGGGUUCGAUUAGGUCAGUUUCAGAGGAUUAUCAGUUGUCUGCAUACGGAAAUCGAAAUCUCUCAGUUGCAGAUAUAUUGAGCAUCAACCACGAAGAGGACGAGGAGGUUGAAGCUCCUGUGGAUUCACCAAUGGCAGCGGCAGGUAGUGGUCCGUCAAAUGGCAACGGGAAAGAAACGGAAAAAUGCAGAAACAGAAACGGGGUUUUGAAUUCCGCCGUGAGAAUGUCGAUUUCAUCUGGAAUCUUUUCUUUCGCGAGGAAUGCAAAAGGGAAGAGUUCGAAUUCACCAAUUUGACAUUAAAAAACAAAAAAAAAAAAAAAAAAAAAAAUCAAAGAAUCAAAGAAUCAAAAAACAAAAAUCAUUUGGCAAAGAUCUACGAAGAAAUUUCUUUCUUCUUCUUCUUCUUUUUUUUUUUUCUCUCUCUCUCUCAAAGUCAAGAUUGUCGGUUUGGACGGUUCUGAUUUAGUCCAUCUGGCAAUUUUCGAAACAUAUAGAGUUAAAAUAUUAAUGAUAAUAGAGUACUAAAGUUAAAGGCUAUUGUAACUAAAGAACUUUAAUUGUACCAAUUGGAUUGGUCUUCUUUCA